AACGAAAAAUGUCUAUUUUUAAACCAUAGAAAAGGCAUUUUUCAUGGUAAAGUAAAUAGAUUUUCAUGAUCAUACACUUUAGAAAAGAAUAGAAAACUUUGCAAAUUGAUUGAAUGAGGAAAAAGUAGAUAAGUGGAAUUAAUGAAUUGAACUAGAAACAAGGAAAGUUGCACCAACUCCAUUUAUUAAUGGAACAAAUCCUAGGCUGAGUAUCUUUGACAAAUCUUUUUUCUGUCGUCAUUCUUAAAAACUUACUAGUAGUAAAAAGCAAGGAGCAGCUAUAUAUUUAUCUAUCUCUAUCUUAUCUCCCAUUCCUCACAAGAACUUAGAAGUAAUGGAGCAUCACAACAACACAGUAGAAGCAAAAAUCUCUCCUCAUGUGCUCCUCUUCCCACUUCCAAUACAAAGCCCUAUCAACUCCAUGCUUCAACUUGCGGAGCUCUUUUGCCUCGCCGGUUUACAAGUCACUUUCCUCAACACAAAUCACAAUCAACAGCUUCUCUACCGUCACACCAAUGUCGAAUCAAGAUUCAGGCAAUAUCCCAAAUUUCAAUUCCGGACAAUUUCUGAUGGCCUUCCAAAGGAUCAUCCCCGGUCGUCUCUUCUAUUUGGAGAGCUUAUUAGUUCCUUGCAAGCUGUGGCAGAGCCUUUCCUUAGAGAAAUGUUACUCGGAGUUACAGAGCCUGCUGUCACGUGUGUUAUACCAGAUGGCUUAUUUUAUUAUGCAGUCGAUAUUUGUAAUGAGGUCGGAGUUUCAGUUAUCUCCUUUGAUACUAUUAGUCCCUCUUGCCUCUGGGUUUACCUCUGUUUCCCCAAACUCAUUCAAGCUGGAGAUAUUCCCUUCAAAGGAAAUGAGUUGGACAUGUUGAUAGAAAAUGUACCUGGCAUGGAAGGUCUUCUAAGGCGUCGCGAUUUUCCAUUCUAUCGCCUCACCAAUUGUGCAACGGACCUGUAUUGCCAACUUGCUCUGAAGGAAAUUCAAAGUAUACCUCGAUCCCAUGGACUCAUAUUAAACACAUUUGAAGAUUUAGACGGUCCGUUACUCUCUCUCAUUCGCUCUCAUUGUCCACAAACGUAUGCUAUUGGGCCACUACACUUGCAACUCAAAACUAGGCUUCCUGAUAAAAGAAUGUCCUCUUCAAAUAGUUUGUGGGAAGAAGAUCACAGUUCAAUUCAAUGGCUCGAUGCACAGCCCAUAGAAUCAGUAAUCUAUGUAAGUUUUGGAAGUCUUGCAACUUUGACAAAGGUGGAAAUCUUGGAGUUUUGGCAUGGGUUAGUAAAUAGUGGAAUCAAUUUUUUGUGGGUCAUGAGGUCCAACUUAUUAAGGGAAGAGGAGUUUAGCCACCAAUUUGUGAAGGAGCUAACGGACGGAUGCAAAGGAAGAGCUUGCAUAGUGACUUGGGCUCCACAAGAGAAAGUACUAUCCCAUCCUGCUAUUGGUGGUUUUUUAACUCACAGUGGAUGGAACUCGACUAUGGAAAGUAUUGUCGAAAGAAAGCCAAUGAUCUGUUGGGCUGUUUAUGUGGACCAGCGAGUCACAAGUAGAUUUGUGGGUGAGGUGUGGAAAAUUGGGUUGGACAUGAAAGACAUAUGUGACAGAUACAUUAUUGAGAAGGUGGUGAAAGAUUUGAUGGUAACAAAUAAGGAUAAGUUCAAGAAAUCGGUUGACAAGUUAUCUAUGUUGGCAAAAAUUAGUGUUGGAGAAGGAGGUUCAUCAUUCAAUGCUUUUGAAUAUCUCGUUGAUAACAUUAAAAAGUUAGGAAGAAAAGACAAAGAUAUCAAUCCUAACUGCAUAGGAUAAACAGGGUAAUGCUGCCAAUCAUUAUUUUGUAGACAAAGAUUAUAUUAUUUUCUUCUUCUUUUAUCGGAUACUACAAGUUAUGCGUACAGGUACAA